AUGCAUACUCAUGAUGAAGGCUUAUGGGUGGCUCGACUAGCCCCAGUAGUCCCAAUGGGCCGCGAAGGUGUCCUCUCUGCAGUGACGUGGAAAGAAGUCGAGUGGCCGGUCUUGGAGCCGGCCCAGGGCCAGAUGACUGGCUGGCAGCUGCCAGCGCCCAACUGCGAGCCGCGACGUCCCCGGCAAUGGACCGUUUAA